AUGACCUCAAAUAUAUCAUCAUCAUUGAAACCCCCAUUUAAAGUGAGAGCAAAAUAUGGUUGGUCAGGACAAGCUAAAGGUGAUCUAGGUUUCCUCGAAGGAGAUAUCAUGGAAGUCACCAGAGUAGCCGGUGAUUGGUUCUAUGGCAAGCUUCUGAGGAAUAGAAAAUGUGCUGGUUAUUUCCCAAAUAAUUUUGUUACCUUGUUAGAAGAACGAUUGAAUGAAGCGCCUGGUAAUUCACAAGACUCUUCAAGAAGAACCACUACUACUACGACGAAGAAGGAACAACAAAUGAAAACUUCAGUUCCCGCAAUUCCCUCUAGGGAAUCAGCAAGAAGCCAUCGUGAUAAUUCAGCAUCAACACUGCCUUCAUUUCCUCAUUCCAGACAGCCAUUGAGAGUUUCUAAUUCAUCACCUUCUUUUCCUGAGUAUUCUAGAAAUAUGAAAGUGAGUACAACAACAACACCUUCAUAUUAUCCAAAUGAAAAGCAAAGAAGGCAGAAUAGGGAAACCUACCAUGAACCUAAACAAUAUGUUUAUCAACAGCAAAGAAGUUCAUAUUCGACAAGAAAUGAUAAAUUCAAUGAAUCGCUAAAUAAUCCAUUACCACCACUUCCGCCUUUGCCAGCCAUUUCAAUGAAAGACAGUUCAAGGGAUAGAUUACCUACUAAAUCAUAUUCCUCAAAUGAUAUCAACUCCUCGUUAUCGAAAGACUAUAAUUAUUACAAGGAAAAUCAAAACUUCUACGAUGGGUUCUAUCCAACUAAGAAAUCAAUAUUAUCAAAUGAUGAUAACCAUACUAGUAAUAGUAACCCGUCUUCAAGCUCAUCAUCUUCUAACUUAUUUUCGAACUCAAAAUAUCUCGACAAUUCACUGACAAGCAGUGAAAAUAGUUUUGCUUUAAUGAGUGAUUUCAGUGCUACGAGUGCUGGUAGUUUUGCAAGACAUAAAUACGCUCAGUCGUUCACAAACUCUUUGGAGAAAUCUCAAUCAAUUUCGAAUAAAAAAAAUACUGAUACCAUCAAUUCUAAUGAUAAUUCGUUUACUACUAGUGGUAACAGAAUGAGCGGAUUUUUUAAAAAAAUGAUGACUAAAUCUGCAACGCAUACUAAUAACGAUAAGGAAGAAAAUGAUUCAUACCCUAAAUUGCCUGCUUUAGAGGAUUUAAAUAUUUCCAACUCACAUGGUGAUGCUAGAGAUUGGCUAACUAUAAAAUCACAUAUUAAUAGAUCAAGAACUUUAACCAAAUAUGAUAAACAUCCCAGAUAUAUGAGAGCAUUAGAGGAACACAGAGAUAUUGUAUUACAUCCACAAGAUUCCAUUUAUGAUGAUUUAUCAACUAAUGAAACAAAAGGUAGUACUAAUAGUAAACCAGGGUUAGUUGAUAUUGAGCUUUCAGAUUUGAAAGUUGAAUAUAUUGAUAAGAUGACAUGGAAACGUUGUACAAAUAAUAAAAAAUUAAAUCAAAUGAAAAUUGAUUCAUGGGCAAACUUGACAUUUUCAGCAAGGUAUGCAACGACAAUGGAAAAAUUAAGAGGAAUUUACAUAUUCUGUACAGAAAUGUUUGCAUUAAUUGAUGAUAAUGGAUCUUCCGAUUUUUCCAAAGAACCACCAAAUUUAGAUCAAUUAUUAUAUCAAAAUCAUUGUACUCCAUAUCAAUUAACAUGGCUUUUCCAAAGAUUAGCUAACUCACUGGGUAUCACGUGUGAAAUUGUCAUUGGGUUCUUAAAGACACCGGGUUCACAGACAACUGAAUUUAAAUAUAAUCAUUGUUGGUUAAGAGUCUUAGUCAACAGAGAAUGGAGAUUAAUUGAUGUCAUUUUAGGAAAUUUAACUAAUCCAAUUCAUGAAUUCGUUAAUAAUGAAAAAAAAAAGAAAGCUGAGAACUAUUAUUUCCUUGCACAACCUUUGGAUUUCAUUUAUACUCAUAUUCCACCAAGAGACUUUGAACAACAUAUCGUACCAAGUAUUGAUCAAUUAUCUGCAUUAUAUUUACCAUUAGUAUUCCCAUCAUUUUUCAAAAACUCAUUGAAAUUGUAUAAGUUUUGUACUGCUUUAAGUUUCUUAGAAGAUUCAGAAAUUUAUGAAUGUCAAUUAGAAAUUCCAAGUGAUAUUGAGCUAUUCACAUCAGUCGUUAUAUCCGAUGAUAAUGAUAAUGCAACGCCAAUUCCAUCAGAGAAACUAUCAAUUUACAAUAGUAUGGAUCUAACUUUAACACAAAUGAAAAGACACAAAAUGGAUAGUUCACGAAGAAUUGCCAUCAUUAAGGCCGUAUUACCGCCGGGGGCAGAAAAGGGUUCAUUAUAUAUUCAUUCAGGUCUUCGAGGCACACAAACAACGUUAGUUAAUGUCCAUCCAUUAUCUGUAAUGAUUCCAUUAACUCAUAAAGGUAAUGAAAGUGAGUUUGAAUUUGUGACAAGAUUGCCUUCAGAAAAUGUUCAAAGAAUUGAGACCUAUAUUAUGGAACCCCAGAAUAAGAUUUUGUUUGUUGAUAAUGAAUAUAAUUUUGAAAUUAUUCAACAACCGUUUGACGGUGUCAUUUAUAACAAGGAUAUAAGUAGAUACGAUAAUGAAUUACGAUCAAUGGCAAUCAAAUCACCGUCAGGGAAAAUAUAUUCAAUGGUUAAGAAUGAUCCUCAUUUUCCCUAUGGAACAUGGAAAAAGAAUAUUAAUAUUAAAGAAGUAGGGACCUGGACAGGUUUAAUUAUGGAUGAUUCUGGUAUUGGUUGGUGUCCAUUUGCUGAAUGGGUUUGUACGUGA